AUUUGUUAGCACAGCUACAGCCGGCAGCAUCUUAAAAACUGAACAGCAGCCAGUGAGGUGUCAAGUUCUUUUCUGCCGCAAUGUUUAUUUACAUUAAACAUGGAGACAAUGACCAGUUCCUGGUCAACCCCAAUUGUCCAGUUGUUGUCCUCAUGCAGCACAUAAAAACCAGGUUGCAACUUGCUGAGUCAGAGCUCAUAGACCUUUGUGAUGAACGAGGAAUGCUGAAAUUCCUCUUUCUGCCCCAGAAUUCACGAGAGUCUGCUUGUGGACUGCUGAAGGCUAGAGAGUCAUUCAUUGUUUGCGUUAUUGAGCGUAUGUCUGAUGGGGCUUAUACUUCUGUCACAUCUCUACUAUCCAGUGUUCAAUCUGCUGUAUUAGAGACUCUGCAGACUCAGAUUGACAAUCUUGAGAAAACUCGUCUGAAGCAGCUUCAGGUUGUGCAGAUUCUUAUGGCUACAUCAGAGAAAAUCAAUGCUCAAGACCUGCCUAAAUUCAUUAAAAAGCGCAAGAAAGUUACACAUGUCAAUGCCCCUGAUGAAGUCCAGCGCCACAUAGGGGACAAAAAGAGCAGGAACUGAGCAAACAACAUCACAUCAGUGUUCAUGAUCAUUUUUAAUGUUAAAUUCAUUAAAAUUACAGACAUGUUCAUCAGAAAUGCUUUAUUAUUUUUUAAGUAUUUAUCUUUUCAUUAGGUGAUUCAGGAAAGUUACUACAUUGACUAUAUAAAACUCAGGUAUUAUAUGAGUAUCUUCCUUCCUUCUGCUGGAAGAUGCACAAAAAAGGAAGGAAUUUCCUUAAUAAAACUAUGUUUCAGUGAAAAUCUGUCUGUCUGUCUUGUCUAUCUAUCUAUCUAUCUAUCUAUCUAUCUAUCUAUCUAUCUAUCUAUCUGUCUGUCUGUCUGUCGUCUAUCUGUCUGUGUGUCUAUCUGUCUAUCUAUCGUUCUAUCUAUCUAUCUGUCUGUCUGUCUGUUUGUCUGUCUAUCUGUCUGUCGUCUGUCUGUCUGUCGUCUGUCUGUCUGUCUGUCUGUCUGUCUGUCUGUCUAUCUGUCUGUCUGUCUGUCGUCUAUCUAUCUAUCUUGUCUGUGUCUGUCUAUCUAUCUUUGUCUAUCUAUAUAUCUGUCUGUCUGUCUAUUUGUCUGUCUGUCUAUCCAUCUUGUCUGUCUAUUUAUCUGUCUGUCUGUCUGUCUGUCUGUAUUUUCUUAUUCCUGUGUUUUUUUAAAAAUGUUGGAAUUUUCCACUGGUCCCUUGCAAUUAAGCAACAGAUGAGGUCAUCGUCUUGCCUGUGAUUGGUUAGUAUGAAUACCUGUUUGUUACCAAGCUUUUCCCAGCUGGGCGCAAAUUGAGAGAGAAUCUAAGAGUGGAAUAUUUAUAGAUUGGUGUGUGUAGUUACUGCACAGACUUUAAUGCUUGGAUCUAUAUUUGGUAAGCAAUCAACCUGUCAGUGGGUGUAAACUGUAUUUUUGCAAUAAGUUUUAUGUCAGAUGCAUGAUGAUAUCUUGAAAUAUAAUUCAAGAUCAGUAUCCUGUUUGUCUUUCUCAUCCAUGCAGCUGCAGACUUUCAGCAAAACGUACGUAGGCCCUGCAGGUGCAAGGAACUUUAUGAUGUGUUACUCAGCACAUAGGUUUUUCCUUUUCAGCAUUUCAGCAGAGCACAAUGUGGGCGGAAUGCAGCCAUUAGACAGGAACGAGUGGGUGAAAUGCCAGUUAGCGGUUUUACCGUCUAUGGCCAUUAUAAUCUUUCGUGACAUCCUUCCCUGAUGUUGUACAGCACGUAUAUCUCCUGACUGUUUUUUUUUUUUUUUUUUUUUUUCCCUCCCCUUUAAAGCCCUGGUUGUGAAAUUUGGAAAUGUCAAAUGUCAGUUAUUCUAGCAUAGAAAGGAUAGUCAUACUGUGUGAUGAUAUUGAAUGUGACUGACAGUACUGAACUGAAACUGCCUUAUUGGCCUAUAUUACAAACUGAAGGUUGCAGCUGUCUUGCCUGUGGCCAAUACGUAAUGCCUUACUUCCUCCUGUGUGAAUAACUUCUGUUUAAAGUUUCAUGUGGCUUCUUUUAUACAUUUAAGUUCUAAUUUCUCAUUCUCAUAAUUAUAUAGCAGCCAGCAUUCCCAGAUGUCAUUGUGUGUGCGUGUGUACUUUUAUGAGAUGUUUAUUGAGGGUACAGGUAUAAAAGGGAAGUGUCAUGAUGAAAUUUUCAAUUUCAAUCCAUUGUUCUUAUUGUAUUAGCUCUCUUGAAAUCCAAAGUCUAUUCAAAGAUAAAUAUAUUGUAAUGUCAGACAAAAAACUACAAUAUUUUUUAUAAAUGUUAAAGAGAGCAAUGACUGCAACUUUUCAAAAUAAAGUUGUAUAAAUUGCCCCCUUGUGGCUGUACCUUGAAGAAACUCCAAUGUGAAUAAAAUAACUGGCAGUGAAAAUAAAACAUAUUAAAUCAUGCCAUUUUAGAUGCCAUUGGUCUGUUUUGCUUAUUUUUCUAUUGUUCUUUAUUUAGAAAAAAAAAAAAAUGUAUAUAAUUGUAUAGUUUUAACAUAUGCCUCAUUUUUUUGAAUGUUUCUUAUUUGUGUUGUG